CUACUUAUCUCAUGCCUUAAGUGUAGUAGUUAAUAGUUAUAUAUGACUUGGUCUGAUAUAUAUUUAGCAGAAAUGGGCAAGGUAUAAAAUGACCCAAAUUUGAGAAUUGAAACUCACCCAAACAAACCGAAAUGCAGAGGCUUACAAAGUCCUCAACCACCACACUUCUCCGACAACUCCCCUUCUCUCUCCUCCACCACUGCCGCCGUCUUUCCACUUCCUCCGGCAAUAAAACCGACGAAUGGAACGACGCCUGGGAAACUGCUUGGCUACCCGACGAUCUCGCCGGCAAGAAUACUCGCGCACCAUGGGAGUCCGACGUCAACUUCGGCCUUAAUCCCGACGCUACUGACCCUGAGACGAAGGCGUUUGUCGAAGACAUGAAUGAAAACUGGGAAAACCGCCGUAUGAACAGAGAGAAAGCUAAACAAGAGGAGGAAAUGAAGAUUAAGAAGAAGGAAGAAAAUGGUGAAAAUGUUGGGUUGUAUAGUUUGGAAAAUGUGCAGAAGGAUUAUAGGUUGAAGAAACAGAGGAUUCAUGCUGGGCUUUGGAUGAAAGAGAUUGAAUUGAUUGAAGAAGCUAAGGUGGGUGGUGGGUCUGCUGAUGAUAUUGACAAGCUGCUUGAUAGUUGUUCUGAGAUAUUUGACUCUGCUAGCAAUAAUCUGAAUGACCCAAAAGUUCCCAGUACUUCUGAGUUUAAAAACAAGCCUGAUGGUUGGGAAUCAACGUCCAAAUCUGAAGAUGGUAAUGUAUGGGAGAUGUCACAGAGAGAAGAGGACAUCCUUUUGCAAGAAUUUGAGCGUCGAAUGGCAUUUUGCAAAUUUCAGAUAGCAAGUUUUAUCAAGACACACAUAUUCAGCAGGAGAAGACCAAUUGAUGGGUGGAGAUACAUGAUUGAGGUGAUAGGACCUAAUGCCAGAAAAGGUAAGGGUAGUGCGUCAAGGUUACCAGGCCUUGCAGAUCCUGCAACUCAGCCCUUCACAGAGGAUAGAACACCAAGAACUGGUGGCCGUCUCUCCCGUAAGCCCAAAUAGUGCCCCUCCAAUCUUCAUGAAAUGGGAGGUUGCCUUGAUGACUACAGCUCUGAUGUUCAAAUUUAAAAGGAUCAUAUGGAUGUUUAGGUUCGAUUCUUGUGAGUACUAAUAGGAUCAUGCCUUAUAGCUAUGAAAGCUCACCAUCUUCUUCAGUAGUGUCUGCUGGUAGUCCUGAAAUUGGGCUUUGUCAUUCAGUCAAAUGAAACACUCAAGUGAUCUUCUCUGCUGGUUGAUUUCCACAAUGGAUGCUUUCAUGCUUUCCCUGGCUGUUUAUUGGCAUGAACGAAGAAUUUGUACUGUUUGAUCAUGUUACCCGAAGGUUCUAUUUUUCUGUAUUUAUGUUUACUGUGUAUAAUCUAGACACGGAAACUGUAUUAGUGUAGUGGCAUUUCAAGAGCAAUAAAAUCAUAUGUGGUUUAUUAUCUUCA